AUGAACGCCCUUAUUGCCUGUGUUAAGGUUGUUACUGCUUGCAAACCAAAUAAUUUGGGUGAAGCGGGUGAAAAGAGCUGUGGAACAAAACACUAUGUAUCAAAGCACAAGAGAACCCAUGUUGAAGAAAAGCAUUACCAGUGUGUGACAUGUGGACAAGGCUUUGCACGGAAAAACGAUCUCAUCACCCAUCAGAGUGUCCAUAUUUUGGAAAGGCCUUACCAGUGUACUACAUGUGGGAAAGGCUUUGCAGACAAAUGGAAACUCAUCAGGCAUCAGAGAACCCAUACUGGCGAAAGGCCUUACCUUUGUAAUACAUGUGGAAAAGGGUUUACAAGGAAAUGUAAUCUCAUUACUCACCAGACAACCCAUACUGGGGAAAGGCCUUACCAGUGUACUACAUGUGGGAAAAGCUUUGCUGAUAAACGUAAACUCAUUACUCACCAGACAACCCAUACAGGGGAAAGGCCUUACCAGUGUACUACAUGUGGAAAAAGCUUUGCACAAAAAGGUUCUCUCAUCGCCCAUCAAAGAACCCAUACUGGUGAAAGGCCUUACCAGUGUACUACAUGUGGAAAAGGAUUUGCCAAUAAAUGUAACCUGAACACCCAUCAGAAAUACCAUACUGGUGAAAGGCCUCACAAGUGUACUACAUGUGGGAAAAGCUUUGCAGAGAAAAGGGCCCUUGUCACUCAUCAAAAAACCCAUACUGGUGAAAAGCCUUAUCUGUGUACUACAUGUGGAAAAGGGUUUACACAGAAAUGUAAUCUCAUUACUCACCAGACAACCCAUACUGGUGAAAAGCCUUACCAGUGUACUACAUGUGGAAAAGGAUUUGCCAAUAAAGGUAACCUCAAAAGCCAUCAGAAAUACCAUACUGGUGAAAGGCCUUACCAGUGUACUACAUGUGGAAAAGGAUUUCCCAAUAAACGUAAUUUGAACAGGCAUCAGAAAUACCAUACUGGUGAAAGGCCUCACCAGUGA